AUGAAUUUUUUUAACGUUCCAGAUGAAUUUAAAAAAAACCCAGAACUCAAUGAAGAAGAUUUAAAUCAUCUCAGAGAAUGGAUAUCCAAACAACCACACCUUCCAACCGUUACUGAUGAACUCCUCGUGCUAUUUUUUCACAGCUGUUUUUAUCGAUUGGAACCGACUAAAGCGACCAUAGAGUCGUAUUUCACUCUUCGCACUCAUUCGCCCGAAUUAUUCACAAAACGAGAUACCGAUGUAAAAUCUGUGUUGGAAGCAUUUAAAACUAUAUCGUUUAGUGCAUUGCCGGGAUCAACUCCAGAUGGUUGCAAAGUUAUAUUUAUAUACGCAAAACGAGUAGAGGCAGAAUUGUUUGUUUUAUCUGAUUUCAUUAAAGCACUCAGCAUGGUGAUCGAUAUGUUGCUAAUGACUUCGGGAACUUUCAACGGACUUAUAAUUAUUUAUGACAUGAAAGGUUUUAGUCUUAGUCACGUCGGUCGCCUUGGUAUCAAUAUGAUGAAAAAAUACGUGUAUUUCUUGCAAGAUGGAUUACCGGCUCGUCUACAAGCCAUUCAUACAAUAAACACAGUUCCAUUUAUUGACAUGAUAACUAGCAUGACGAAACCUUUUAUGAAAAAAGAAUUAUCCGAGAAAUUGUACUACCACUCGGCUGCAGAUUCCGAAACGAUAUUUGAUUAUAUACCAAAAGAAAUAAUGCCAAUUGAGAUUGGAGGAAGUGGACAAACUCUACAAAAUUUAAGCGAUGAUACAUUUGAAAAAGUCAAAGCAAUGAGAAAAUGGUUCUUAGAAGAAGAAAACUACAGAGUAGACGAACAAAAACGUCCGGGUAAACCAAAGACGGAAAGUGACUAUUUUGGCGUUGAAGGUUCUUUCAAGACUUUGAAUUUGGAUUGA